AUGUUUUCUCGUGAAAAGUUUAAAAAAUUUGUUAAAGAAAAUCCAGAAGGUUUAACGAAAAGCAACAAGUAUUUUAAAGUUGUCAUGAAUAAUCGAACACAGAGUAUAAAUACUUUAAAUAAACAACUAAGUAGUGAUGGUGAUGAACAAAGUAUGCGUAAGCAAUCGCUAAAAGAAUUCUAUGCAGUGGAAGAUGUUGAGGAUGUUGAGAUAUUGCCGGACGAUCGUUAUAUACGUAAUGAUGACAAUAAUCGUAUAGUGGCAAGUGCUUUGACUUUGAGAAAUACCAAGACUCCGGUGGAGAACAUGUUGGUGCAAGAGGAUAACUUUAGUGCAAUCAAACCGAAUAAGAACUAUGCCGCUGAAGAGAGUGGCAAUGAAGAGGACAAAGGUGAAGUUACUAAUAGUGUAAAAUAUUUUAUUUUAUUUGUUUUGUUUUUUUGUUUGUUGCCAGUUCUAUUCUUGGGUCAAUGUUUUGCUUUAAUGCCCGUCAUGGGCGUCUUAAAUCCUAAUCCGAAACGCUUAAGAUUUUCCUACAAAUCUCUGCAAGUAAUCCUUACACUUUUCUUUAUAUGCUCUAGCUCAAUAUUAACUUUAACCAUGCUUAAAUUUUUAAUAAAUGUUGGCAUAAAUGCCAAGAAUUUUGUCGGCUUGGUUUUCUUUAGCUGUGUCCAAUGCUCCACCUUCCUUUUUGCUUCGCUGGCUCAGCGUUGGCCCAAAAUUAUGCGUUAUUGGUCCCGAAUUGAAACAAUAUUUACCCAAAAACCCUAUGAGAUGGCCAAAAGACAUUUGGCCAGUAGAGUACGUGUUGCGGCAUUAAUUAUUAUAUUGUGCUCAGUUGUGGAACAUGCCUUGUACAUGUGCUCGGCCGUUUUAACCUACAGACGUAGUAUCGAGUUGUGCGCUCCAAUGCGAAAUUAUACAGAGGAAAUCUCGUUUGAGGAUUAUAUUCGACGUAACUAUAAUUAUGUUUUUGAAAUUUUACCCUAUAAUAUGUCUGUGGCCAUUUUUAUAUUGAUCGUAAAUGGCUCCUGUACAUUUAUUUGGAAUUACAUGGAUCUAUUUAUAAUGAUGGUCAGCAAGGGCAUCGCUUAUCGUUUCGAGCAAGUAACAAAACGUAUUAAUAAAUUAACAGACAAGGAAAUACCCGAAACAGUCUUCAUUGAGAUACGUGAACAUUAUGUUAAAUUGUGUGAACUUUUGGAAUUUAUAGAUGAUAAUUUAUCUGGCAUCAUACUAUUGUCCUGUAUAAACAAUUUAUAUUUUGUUUGUUAUCAAUUGUUGAACAUCUUUAACAAACUAAGAUGGCCUAUUAAUUAUAUAUAUUUUUGGUAUUCUUUGUUGUAUUUAAUUGGUCGCACUGCUUUUGUUUUCCUUUCGGCUGCAUCGAUUAAUGAUGAGUCCAAAGGUGGUUUGCCUGUCUUAAGAAAAGUCUCCUCUCGUACCUGGUGUGUUGAGGUGGAACGAUUAAUAUUUGAAAUGACUACACAAACGGUGGCAUUGUCUGGCAAGAAAUUUUACUUUUUAACAAGACGUCUACUUUUUGGGAUGGCUGGCACCAUAGUGACAUACGAAUUAGUGCUCCUGCAAUUCGAUGAACCUAAUCGUGCUAAAGGUUUGACAGCCUUGUGUGAAAUGGAGAAACAAACGUUUCAUCAGUGUGUAAGAAGAAUUCUUUUUAUAUCACAAAUCUUCGGUCUAUUUCCUGCAAAAAAUGUCUAUUACAAAAAUCACUUAAAAAUUAAAUAUAACUGGCUGAGCAUAACGACAUUUUACGCAUCUUUAAUUAUGAUUCUUAAUAUCUUAGAAUUUGCCGCUGCCUUAAAGUACAUCAUUAAAACUGGUCUCAAUUUUCAUUCAUCAGGUACAAUUCAAUUGUAUUUUGUGUGUCUGCUUGAGCAUGUCUAUUUUUGGCGUAUGGCCAUUAAAUGGCCAAAUCUCAUGGUACAAUGGCGACAAGUGGAACAAAUAUUUCUCAAGGCUCCCUAUCAAUUGUAUGCGAAUUUCAAUAUGAAAUUGAGAAUAUAUUUUUGGUAUUCGUUCAUUAUGUUGGGCAGUUUAGCUGAACAUUCGGUACUGUUGUCAAAUGCUUUCCAUAAAAGUGAAUUGGAACAAACUCAAUGUAAAUUGAAUAUCAGUUUCUGGGAAGUUUUGUAUGUGCGCGAAAGACCUCACUUGCAAAAUGUUAUACCAUUUAAUUAUUUCGCUAUAAUGGUUUUGGAGUGGAUUAAUUUAACAUUGGCUUAUCCCCGUUCCUUUACCGAUACUUUUAUUAUAAUUAUCAGCUUUGGUUUGGCCACCAGGUUUCGUCAGAUAUAUUUGCGCAUUGAAAGUGUUAAACAAAAGGCUAUGCCCUCCAUAUUUUGGACUGAAACUCGAGAACAUUACUUGGUAUUAAAGAAGCUUAUGCGUAUCAUUAAUAAUCUAAUAUCGCCCUUGAUCCUGUUGACCUUGGCCAAUAAUAUGUAUUUUAUAUGUUUUCAACUAUUUAACAGUUUCAACAACAUCGGUGUCGAUUCGGUGGCCGAAACUGGUUUUUGGUUUUCAUUGGUUUUCAGUAUAAUGCGUACAAUUUUAACACUCUACCUGGCCACAUUAACUGAUGACUAUACGAAAAAAAUUGUAUCCUGUUUGCGUGAUGUACCCUCGAGAUCCUGGUGUAUGGAAGUUAGUUUUUUUUUAUUGUCAUUCAUUCAUUUAUUUAUUUAAUCUCUCUGUGUGUGUGUCAGUGAGGUUUAUUUUUUAAUUAAAGAUGUGAAUUUAAGAAAAAUGGCCAGCACCAUUGUCACUUAUCAAUUAAUGGUUUCUGAUGUCAUAAAUCAGGGUUCUAUUAAACAAAUCACCGAUUAUUGUUCUCAUUAUUAUGAUGAGCCAAAAAGCACAAUGUCUCCAGCAGCUGCAACUAGUGAUGCUACUUCAAAGACGGUUGCAACAACUUCAGCAGCACGUUUGACACAAUGGCAGAUGUUGCCAGUUAAAGUGCAGUCAAGUGAUGAGAGUAAAAGUGUUAAAAACACUCUACAUCAUGCUCUGGGGCCAUUUCUAGUUCUAUCUCGUUGUUUCGGCAUUUUACCCAUAAUGGGAGUUUGGGCAAACGCCGAUGUUCAGCAAGUACAAUUUAAAUGGUUAACAUUGCCUGUAUUGGUGUCCAUAAUAAUGAUAGGAUUUGCAACAAUGGACUGUUGUCUGUCAUUUAAAGUGGUGUCGGAACAAGGCUUAAAGUUGAAAACAACAGGUCCCUUAAGCUUUAGCAUUGAAUGCUUAAGUGCCUUUAUUGUUUUUCUAUGUCUCUCACGUAAUUGGCCAAAUUUGAUUAAGUCAACGCGCCGCUUGGAACAAAUUUUUUCCCAACAUCUCUACACCUGCAAAGAUUCCAAAAAGUUCAGUCAGCGUAUACGUAUCAUAGGCUGUGCGUUUUUGGUUGGUUCCGUUUUUGAACAUUUAUGUUAUGUUAGCAGCGGCAUCUACAGUAAUUAUUUACAAAUUAAGGAGUGUAAUUUAACGGUAGGUUUCUGGCACAACUAUUAUGUGAGAGAACGUUUGCAAAUCUUCUCCCUGAUGGGUUACACGGUGUGGUUGAUACCAUUGCUGCAGUGGAUUACAAUAUCUAUGACAUUUGCCUGGAAUUUCAUUGAUAUUUUUCUGAUUCUUAUUUGCCUUGGCUUGACGGUACGAUUUCGUCAGUUCAACUGUUGCAUUAAACGUCACAUUAAAAAGAAUAUGUCAAAUGAAUUCUGGCUAAAAAUACGUAAUGAUUUUUUAACUCUCGCCGAACUACUUGGACAAUACGAUGACAAAUUAUCCGCCCUGGUGCUGUUAUCCUCAGCUCAGAAUUUGUACUUUUUGGCAGUGCAAAUUUUUCACAGUUUUCAAAGACGCGAGAACUUUAUGAUGGAAUUGUAUUUUUGGUUUUCUUUGGCCUAUGUAGCGUUUCGUACAUAUUACAUGAUGUUGACUGCGUCCAAUAUUAAUGAUACAGCCAAUGAGAUUAUAUCAUCCAUGUAUGAAAUUCCUACAGCUCACUGGUGUUUAGAGCUUAAAAGACUUAAUGAAGUCAUUGUGUCUGAUUUGUUUGCAUUAAGUGGCAGAGGAUUCUUUUUCCUUACCAGACGUUUGAUGUUUGCUAUGGCUGGCACACUGGUCAUAUACGAGCUGGUACUUUUGGAUCAAGUCGAUACGUCUGACGUUUCAAUUCCACUCUGCAGUCAACGAAAGGGUUGA